AUGCCUUUUGAAACAGCACGGAACUGGUCAUCUUACCACGUAAUACCGCAAUCCGCCGACGUCGCCUUGAAUCCGCUAGAAUCCUACUUUUUCGUCACGGAUUUCCUAAUCAUCGGAUGCAGUAUCCUCUACACACUCUGCUAUAUGUUCUACACCAUUCGAACCUACUCAGACCGUACCACAUUCCAACGUAUCUGCUUCUUUGUCUGGUUUCUCUUCGAUAUCACGUUCGUUACGGUGGCGCUCAAGUCUGCGUAUGCGCCGAGAGAGAGGGGGAGGACGGUGGUCAAGUUGCUGUGGCAGGUACCGGCUUGGAUGCUGUUCCUCUGUUAUGUCGGGAUGAAUUGGCCAGAUGAGAGAGAGCAAAGACGGCAUUCUUCACAGGGCUAUGUCUUGAGUUGCCGAUUGGAUGGGGGCAGGUUUGGUAUCUGCUUCAGCGACAAGAUACGAAAGGGCAGUCGCUUGAGAUUUGGAUCACGAGAUACCUUGGCUGUAUCACGGCAUUCUUGGUGUUCAUCUGGCGGUACUACAAUGUGCCAGAGAACUGGUCCUAUGUGGGGAACUGUUGGAGCGUUGGUGGUAUGAUAGUCACACUGUUACCGGAGACUGUGUAUCCUUUUGUGUAUGUUUGGGCGCAUCGGAAGGAGAGGGAGAAGCAAAAGACUGCCUGAAGGCCAAGAUGAGCCUGUGG